GAACUGCAAACCAAUUAUUUCCAUACGCUAACGUGGGAGAAACAGAGGACCCAGGAUAUUUUCCUAGAGGCCGAGCAUUGCCUUUCUCCGCAAAGUGUAAAAGGUAAUCGAAGGAUCAAUUAGGAGCCAAGCGACGAGACCAAAACAUGGAUCCUAAAAUCAUGUUUGCCAACCUGGGAUCGGUGCUGGCGAGCGCGAUGUUCCUCUGGGCAGUUUUCCAGCAGUACUUCCCAACACACCACAUCCGUGGGCAAAUCGAGAAGUACUCCCAGCGGGCGUUCAAUUUCUUCUACCCGUACGUCCAGGUCACGUUCAACGAGCACACGGGGGAGAGGUUCAUGAGGAGUGAGGCCUACUCGGCCAUCGAGAACUACCUCAGCAUCAAGUCCUCCACCCAGGCGAAGCGGCUAAAAGCUGAUAUAGGGAAGAACAACCAGUCCCUCGUCCUGAGCAUGGACGACUACGAAGAGGUUGCUGAUGAGUUCCGAGGGCUCAGGCUGUGGUGGGCUUUCGGGAAGAAUGUGUCCAAGCCACAGGCAUUUUCUUUCUUCUCCCACACAGAUGAGAAACGCACUAUCAAUCUGUCUAACAGGUACUAUAAGCUCACAUUCCACAAGAAACAUAGAGAUGUCAUCCUAGGGCCCUACUUGAACCACGUCUUGAAAGAAGGGAAGGCGAUGAAGGUCCGAAACCAGCAGCGGAGACUAUUCACCAACAAUGGCUCGUCCUGGAGCCAUGUGGUCUUUGAGCACCCGGCAACAUUCCAGACCCUCGCGAUGGAGCCCGAGAGAAAGAAGGAAAUCAUGGACGACCUGAUUGAAUUCAGCAAGGCGGAGGACUUCUACGCAAGGACCGGUCGAGCCUGGAAGCGCGGAUACCUCCUCUACGGCCCGCCUGGGACGGGCAAGUCCACAAUGAUUGCUGCCAUGGCGAACCUUUUAGGCUAUGAUCUGUAUGAUUUGGAACUUAUGGCGGUGAAGGACAACACGGAGCUGAGGAAGCUCCUGAUCGAGACGUCGAGCAAGUCCAUAAUCGUGAUCGAGGACAUUGAUUGCUCACUCGACCUGACAGGUCAGAGGAAGGAGAAGCCAAAGGAAAAGGACGAGGAUGAGAAGAACCCAAUGAAUAAGCUAGCAACGGACGACCGGGAGGCGAAGCCCAGCAAGGUUACACUAUCAGGCCUCCUGAAUUUUAUCGAUGGCCUUUGGUCAGCCUGUCGCGGGGAGAGACUGAUAGUCUUCACGACGAAUCACGUGGAUAAACUCGACUCAGCUCUUAUCCGAAAAGGCCGAAUGGAUAAACACAUUGAGUUGUCUUAUUGCGGGUUCGAAGCAUUCAAGGUGCUCGUGAAGAACUACUUGGGGAUCGAAUCACACAGUCUGUUCGGGACUAUCGAGGCAUUGUUGGCGGAAACAAACAUGAGUCCAGCCGAUGUAGCGGAGCAUUUGAUACCGAAAGCCAAGUCCCGUAACAUCGAGAACCACUUGAAGAGCCUGAUCCGCGCUCUAGAACAGGCCAAAGGGGGAGCAACGCUGAAGAAUGACCAGUCGGCGAAAGAAGCAAUCAAGGAUCAAUGACAGGGACCAUUCGAGUACAGCCCACCUGCCAACUGCCCAAAUGUUCUAACAAGGUUAUUGAGAUGACUGGGCCUGCAGCAUCGGUCCUUGUCAUUAAAUUGGCCAGUAGGAUGUGUCCGAAAUCCAAAAGAUUGACCAGCAGGGUGAUGAAACCACCAUGCCAUACAUAUGAUUAAUUUGGAACUAAUUUUAUAUAUUAGCGAGAUCGCACUAUCCAGCGAAUAUUUAUGUGAGAAUUAGAAAUUCUCCUCAAAAUUGCGUGGCAUGUGCACGUUUACUUUAUGUGGAGGGCAGGAAAUGAAAAACUCCAUGCCCAUGCCCAUGGUGAAGAGCCUAAGGCUCGACUGCCUGCUCGGGGCGUCAAUGCUGUUCUGUGAUUUGUUUUUAGUUUGUUAAAAGUGCUGUUGGUACUUUUAUUUUGGGGCUUGUUUGCUCUUUUGUGAUUUUCGGCCUUGAGCCUUCCGCUGAUGUUGGAUUGGGUCCCCUUCGGCUU